GAGAAAUGCUGAGUUAGGACCAAAGGGGUUCUGGAAGUACAAGAUCCAAGAGGGAGAAGUUGGCGGGCAGGGUCAUUAAGCCCCCAGGGCUACUGGGAAGAUGGGCAGAUGCCAUUCCAAGCUGCCCCAGGUGGGAAAACCCCUGAGGCCUCAGCAGAAGGAUCUGCUCAAGUCCUAUCGGAUCAUCUUCGUAAUGGGGGGACCAGGCUGUGGCAAGGGGACACAAUGUGAGAACAUGGCAGCCAAGUACGGCUUCUGCCACGUGGGCCUUGGGGAGCUUUUGAGGGAGGAGGCAAAUCAGGCAACUGUGCGGGGCCAGCUGAUCCGGGACAUCAUGCUGAAGGGCCUGCUGGUGCCCACGGGUGUGAUUCUGGACAUGGUGAGUGACAACAUGUUAUCCCGCCCAGAGAGCAAGGGCUUUCUCAUAGAUGGAUUCCCUCGGGAGCUCAGCCAAGCCAAGGAGUUUGAGCGCAUUGUGGGUCGCUCCCCCAACAUCGUCAUUGUCUUCGACUGCUCCACGGAGACCAUGAUUCACCGGGUGUUGCUUCGAGGCCAGGAAGAGCACCGUGAGGACGAUGCUGAGGACAUUGUACGCCAGCGGCUGGAGACCCAUUACACCCUGUGCGAGCCCAUCCUGGCUUUCUACCAGCAGAAAAACCUUCUCCGGAAUAUCCUGGCAGAAGAUGCUGCAGAAAAUAUCUUUGCCAAAUGCUGUUCCGUCAUUGACAGUCUGCAGUAGAACCAGAAGCCCUCCCUCCACCCCCACUGGAGGUCCACAGCUCCAAGAUGCUACACCGCCAGGACAGCCCAGAGCCUCAGCAUUACCAACAGACACUUCCUGGGGCCCUCCAUGAGGACGCCCCUGGACACAUUGUCUUGCCGAUUGUUUCUCCCUAUAAGAUGUUAUGGGGAGCAAUGGGCAGUUGGACAAGUGCCAGUCGUGAAACCUGGGCGACCUGGGUUUAAAUCAGGAUUCAGAUGGCUGCUAGCUGUGUGAGCCUGGGCAAGCCCAGUGACCUGUGGAGCCUUUUUCCUCAACUAUAAAAAAGAGCUAAUAUAAUUCUCAUGCCAUCUAAUACUUCCAGGGGUUGUCAUGAAGAAAGUGCAUUAUGAGUCCUACAGGGCUAUAGAGAAGGGAGACAGUUCUCCAUCCUUGGAGGACAGAGAUGGCCGGCCUCUUUUCCAAGGGUUCAUGGGGGCCUAGAGAGAGUAGUCUGUGUGGUACAAUGGGAAGAAUAAUGACUUUUCAGAAGACCAGAGUUUGACUAUCAGCUCUGGGCCACUGUGGAUGUCACAGCCUCCCGGAGUGCUCAGUUCCCUCUGUAAAAUCCAGCCCUAAACCCCGGGAUACUCAUGUAACCAAUAGCUGAUACCCUGAGAAGCAAAGCUGGCUGACUUGUACUCAUGUCUCCCUUCUCCUCAAGACUACACUGUGUCUCCUUGGAGGGUUGAGCUUUCAUUCUCCUCAAAUCUCUCUCCUCCAUUU